ACUAUGGUACUUUUUCUUUUGUUAUGCACUGCAAUCACUGUCACGGUUGUGGCAAAUUCUUAUAUUGAUGAAGUUGAUAGUUCUUCGUCUAGUCGGACCCGCCCUUUGAAUGAGGGCGGGAUUGACGCAACUCCAAAAAACAUUAUUUUGUUCAUGACGGACGAUCAAGAUGUCACGGCCAAUUCAAUAGAUCCCAGCAUCAUGCCAAAGUUGAACCGAUUGUUUCGGGAGGGGGGUAUGGAAUUUUCAAACUACUACGUAUCAACUGGCUUAUGCUGUCCAAGUCGUGCCACCAUCCUUCGAGGACAGUAUUGCCACAAUACCGAAGUUUUCGACAAUGGGGACAUGAACAACUCCACGUAUCAGAGCGGAGGGUGGUCCAAGUUCUUGGAUACUGGUUUGGAAAAUGAAACGAUUGCUACAUUGCUGCAAUCAGCUGGAUACGAAACAGCAAUGGUUGGAAAAUAUAUGAACGGGUACAACGUAUACGACGAAAAAGCAGGACUCCACAAACCUCCCGGUUGGGACCAUUGGAUGGGAUUACUCAAGUGUUUUAACUUUUAUGGUCCAAUAUUUUCCGAUAAUGGCGAACGGAUUUUAAAAACAAACAAAACAGUUUAUCAAACAGACUUCAUCCGAGACUGGGUGUUGGAUUUUCUGACGAAAAAACGAGAUUCAUCGAAGCCAUUCUUUCUUAUGGUGACACCCUUUGCUCCGCAUACUCCAUCCACCCCAGCCAAGCGACACGAACACCUUUUCUCCGACGCCAUUUUCCCGCGUUAUGAUUCUUUCAAUCCUUCCGACGAUGUUCAACAACAGCGCCCGGCUUGGAUAAAAGACAUUCCCCCUCUCACGCAGGAACAAAUAGACGGUAUGGAUAACUUUUAUCGCAACCGAUUGCGAUCACUCCAAGCUGUCGACGAGGCUUUGGAAAGCAUCACGGAAACACUAGAAUUUCUGGGAUUGACCGACGACACCUUUUUUAUAUAUACCUCAGGUGAGAGAAAUAAGGGGAUAUAUCCGUAUGUACUGUGCUUCUCUCCAAGUAGUUCUCUUCGAAUUUGCUCUGCUUGGAAUGUAUUUUACAUUUUCUUUGCAUACAUGCUCUCUGAUUAACUUUCUCACCUUAACGUGGUGUACGAUGCUAUCAAUUCAAAACUGCAAAAGACAACGGUCAGCACUUCGGCGACCAUCGCAUCCCAGCUGGCAAGCGCCAGGCAUAUGAAACAGAUGUGUUGGUGCCCUUUUUGAUUCGAGGUCCAGGAAUUCAGAAAGGCUCAAAGUCCUCUCAAAUUGUUCAAAGUGUUGAUCUUGGGCCAACAUUUUUGGAUGUGGCCACUCGUUCGAAUCAAUACAAUAAGAGAUCUAAAGGCAAGAUUUUGAAAUCUACCUACCCGAUGGAUGGAAAAUCAAUAAUGCCCAUCAUGACAGCUAAUUCACUGGGUACUUCCGAAGUAAAUGACUUUCGCUGGGCCGCCUUACUGGAAAUGUACAGUGGUAGCUCCAAUAUUGGUGAGCGUUACAAGGAUAUCAAAGGAUAUUAUCAAAACCACAUGGUACGUCCGCAAUACUAAGUAAUUUGAAUCAUUGAGAGUCACCAAAAAAAAUCAUUUCUGAUUGCCAAAAUUCUUGUGUUCGAUCCGAUAAACGACUCGUAUUGUUUCAAGUAUCCAAAUACCUAUCAGGCUGUCCGAGUCAUUCACGGUCCAGCUGACUGGGCCAGGGGAGCAAACUUAUUAUAUGUUGAAUGGUGUACUGGGGAACAGGAGUUGUACAACAUGACUGUUGAUCCACACCAAAUCCAUAACCUUGCAACUUCCAACGACCCCGACGACAUUAUCCCGUUGUUGGACAAGCUCAAUAGAGUCGUAGCAACGCUGGGCAAUUGUAAGGGUACAGAAUGCUACGAGCUACGAGGCCAGCAUAUUCAUGCUUUGCUCGAAGAUAAUUUCAAUGAUACGAGUGGUUUGAAAAGGAUCCUAAAAAAAGGAGCCAUGCAAUCGUCGAUCCGAAAGCGCAUUCCCUGUCAUGAUCCAAUAAAGGCGACGGGAGAUAAAAGGAAUGAUAUGAAUCUCGGACGGAAGUCUUUUGCUUAUGACCUGUAUGUGCCCGAGCCAUUUGUAUAUGGAUUCCCUUUUUCAGACGGAGACAAUCUUAGCGAAGAAUUGCUACAGAUAUGGAAUGAACAUGAACAUUACUUUCACUAGUUCAGUACGAGUAGCAACGGAAAAAGUGUAUGGAUGGCACAUAUUUUACUAUAGAACUUUAAGUAUUGCUAUGGUCUGCUAAAUACAGAGUCCAUUCCUUUGUACGGAACGAAUUUCCGUUUUUUCCAAAUUUGUCUUUCAACGGCUUUGAGUUCAUCAGUAUCGUGACUUGCAACACAGACGGAGGCGGUGAGGUCGUAUCGAUUCCAGAGUUCUGAUAUGCUAUCUUUACCCUCGUGAUUGACCGUAUUUUUGGUGACAUUUUUUGGUUGUGUUGGAGACUGUGGCAGAUUCAAAAGUUCCUGAUGCUGUGGUGAUGGCGGUUGCGACACAGCACCAUCGUUUUUCGAAUCUUCCGUGACUGCUGUGCUUUCUUUCGGAGGGUUUUGCUUCGAACCAUCAUCGGCUGUAGGUUUCGAAUCACCACUAGACGAGUUCCUUUCCUUUGGCGGUAAAUGCGCCACACCAGAAUAUAUCUUUCUGUACUUCACAGGAGAGAUAUCUUCUUUCGAGGACCGUUUCAUCGCAACGGAAAUCUUGGCAGUGCCUAUACCAUUGGUAGAAAAGACGCUUUUUUGGGUCGCUAUCGCAGAGGAGUUUGUUCCAUGUUGUAUUUUUGCUUCCAUCCCGGGAUCUUGUGGCAACGAAGUACUUUUCCGGGAGGAAUCGUUGGACGAUGCUUUCAUUCCGAAUGCAUCAUCCAUUUUAUUUGCGCCGUUUUCUUGGUCUUCUUUGGAUUCGUCUGUCGAUUCCUUUCUUUCUUCCCUUGGGACCUCAAUAGUGUCGGUCUUCCCCAUCUUUCACUUGUUUUUUCUUCCUGACCGUUGAGUUGAUUAUCUCACCUACGA